AUGCCGCUCGCAGCCCACGCGAACGGCACACCGCUCGCCCGCCCGCGGAAGACUCGCUCGCCGCCCCAGGCCUUUGAGCCCACCCCGAACGACGCUCUGUAUUUCCCCUUCUCCUGCCUGCCGCCGCCCGUCAUCUCCUAUCCCGCCAUGAUACCCACCUCGGUGCCUGCUCGCGAGAGCGUCCCCUCGGCGAGCCCCCUCCCGCUCUCCGGCCAGAGCUCGCGCAACGGCACGAACCGCGUCGCAUCCCCGCUUACGCCGCCCGACCAUGGCGUUGCCCAAGUUGCCCCAGGCUCCGUGCUCCACCCCGACACCAUGGCCUCUGCCGCCUCUGACGAGUGGAGAAAGCUGCUGGCUAGCGCGCGUAGUAGCUUUGAAAAUGAACGGCGGGUGUGGGAGCAAGAGCGCCAUCUAUACCAGCAGGAUAUUGCCCGCCUGCGAGCCACGCUGGAUUCGAAGCAGCAGGAAAUGCUCGUCAUGGCAACCAAGCUGAAGCAGGCCGAGCUAGCCCUCGGUGAUCCCAACAGCUUCCACAGCCACAUUGUCUCUCCGCCCUCAGCCGGCGGCAGCAGAGUGUCUCCCGUUAAAAGCCCGCCUGUGGUCGCUCAGAGCGGCUGCUCCGUGAGCCCGCCCACCCAGGGCGCCUUGUCACGCCAACACGCUCCGCAAACUCAUCCUGGCCUUUCGGGCUUCCAGUUCCAGCCGGCGAGGUUCACCGUCACCCACCACGGCUUCGACGGCAUGGCUACAGUCGGUGGCAGUGCGCGUAUGGGAAACAUCGAGGAAGAGCCGCCGUCACCAGUGUCCACGAUCGCCCAUCUUUCACCGGCGCCCGAGUCGUACCGGCGGCAUGCAGGGCACACACCAGGAGCUGGUUCUUUCAGCAUGGAAACCACCCCGGGCGACAAGACUCCCAAGGCCGUUCCACCGCCAAUUAUUCCCGUGGAGGACGAAGUCGCAGUCCAGAGUGAAUCGGGUGAAAUAAGCGAAGACGACGAAGAUCCGGCCAUGCAGGAGCCCCUUUUCCUUCCACCUCGUCCCGACCAGUCCGAGGCGUCAAGCAUGUUGGAUGCCUUGCAGGAGAGGCUCGCAAACCUCAGUGAACACCCCGAGGAGCAGCGGCCCGCCGUCUUGCAAGGAGUUCCUCCUUCUGAAACCAGCGACUCCGAAGUUGACCCGCUCGACACUACAGCGUCUUUGCCGGUCGACCCAGCAGGAGAGGAUGAGGGACCAGGCUCAGCUGAACCGCAAGUUCCUGGAAUUAGACUCAAGACUAAACGGAGCUACAACUUUGGUGCCCCGAUAGGAGAAAUGCCCAGAAGGAACCUGGCAGACUUCGAAGACUUUUAA